AUCAGCAAAAACACGUGCAGUCAAGCGGAAGCUGUUUCCCAAUAUGAAACACCUGUUGAGACAUCUAAUUGGUCAUUAAUGUGACCUUUAAAACGCAUCAAUUCACGCAUAUCUUGCUGUGAUUUAGAUUCUCAGUGAGUGCUUGCCGGUUGUCCUUUUUAGCAGCAGUUUAGGUGCUUCUUUGAUGUAGGCUUGGUUUUUAGAACACUUUUUAUUAUUAUUAUUUUUUUUAAAGCAAAAGAGGCUUGUGUCUUGAGAAAAUGAAGGAAGAGAUUGCUGCUACAGUUUUCUUUGUAGCAAGACUGGCAAAGAAACACGGCAAGCUGGAGCGCUUUCACCGGGAGAGGUUUGCGGUGGCUUUUACUUCGGUCCUUUUUGAGACCUACAAAAGCCACUGGUACCCAGAGAAGCCAUGCAAGGGACAGGCCUUCCGGUGUCUGAGGAUGAACAAGGCCCAGUUGAGGGACCCUAUAAUUGACAGUGCUUGCAAACAGAGUGGUGUUGAUUAUGAGGACCUGGGUCUGCCUAAAGAGAUCACCAUUUGGGUAGACCCUGGAGAAGUGUCAUGCCGGUAUGGUGAGAAAACCACACCAUUUUGUGUGACCCUGUUGGAGGGGCGAAAGGGAGAUGGCGAGUUCUCGCGCAGGAUUAACAAUGCUGUGGAGCGUGCUUCCUCAGACUAUUACUCAGGAACCUCUUCAGAUGAAGAAGGUGCUAACAGCAGCAUGAGCAGCAGUAGCACACUGUCUGCUCCAGAGCCGAAGUGUAUCCCCACUGUGUCCAAUCCCAACAGUGUUUAUCAGUUCAGUGAAUUUGGCCCUGCUCCAUCCAUGCAGAACUGGGCUCCUUAUCCCAAAAGGAAACCCUAUGCUGGUGAAGGUUACCAGCAGCAUUCAAGUGGUCAAUACCCUCCACACAAUGGCUUCAAAAACUACAGACCAUCUUAUGCCUUCUCUGGUCCACGGGUGGACAAAUACCAUUGGGUUAGCAAGAGCCGCUCAUAA